UAGAGUAUUUUCACACAUAAAAAAACAACAACAAAAUGAUUACUAUUUUAACUAUAAUUUUUGUAACACUGCUGUCCAGUAGUCAUGUAUUGGCCAAAACAGAUGACGGGACAGCCCGUACACCGCCAAUGGGUUUCCUAUCGUAUACGGCCUUCGAUACGGACACCGACUGUGACCGAUACCCUAACUCGUGUAUCAACGAACAACUGUACAAAGAGAUGGCCGAUCGGCUGGUGGCCGACGGGUUUGCCGAUCUUGGCUACCGAUAUGUCAAUGUCGAUGACCGCUGGAUGGAAAAGGACAGGGAUGCCAAUCGGCGUCUGGUUGCCGACAGAAAACGUUUUCCCAGUGGUAUCAAAGGGUUGGCCGACUAUAUGCACUCCAAAGGACUGUUGUUAGGCAUAUAUGGAGACAUUGGAAAUCUUACUUGUAGUGGUACACUACCUGGCCAAAAUAAUCAUAAUACAGGGGAACGGGAUUUUUUCGAUAUAGACGCCCAAACAUUUGCCGAAUGGGGAGUCGACUCGUUCAAACAGGACGGCUGCUAUGAGGACGUCAAAAAAUAUGAUCAACUAUAUCCACGUAUGGGCGAUGAACUCAAUAAGACAGGCAGACAUAUAUUAUUCACGUGCGAAUGGCCUUUCUUUCAGUACGUGUUAGGUGGCAUACAUCCCGAUUAUGCGGCCAUAUCGCGCACGUGUCACACCUACCGUAACUAUAAGGAUGUAUUGGACUCGUGGGCCAGUAUUGAUGAAAUUAUCAAAUACUAUGGCGAUUAUAAUGACGAGUUCAUCAAAUAUAGCGGACCUGGUCAUUUUGCCGACCCAGAUGAACUAACAAUAGGCAACUCUGGACUAUCAUACGACCAGAGCCGUACACAAAUGGCAAUGUGGUCCGUAUGGUCGUCACCGUUGCUUAUAUCUACCGAUUUGCGCAAAUUGAGACCCGAAUACAAAGCCAUUCUGCAAAAUCGGGAACUGAUUGCCGUCAAUCAGGACCGACACGGAAUUAUGGCUAAAAUGGUCUACCGAGACAAUGACCAUCAGAUUUGGGUCAAACCUAUGGAACCAGUAAUCGGUGGCCAAUGGUCCUAUGCUGUAGUUUAUCUACAUAAGCGUCCAAUGGGUCAUCCGAUUUAUAUGUCCAAAACUGUAUCGGAGCUCAUACCUGAUGUCAAAGAUAAUACCAAAUAUGAAGUACACGACCUGUUUCUAGACGAUGGCAAAGAGAUAUUGGGAACAGUUGGCAAAAAUGAUAGACUAGAACUGUUGGUCAGGCCAUCCGGUUCGGUACGUAUGGUUAAAUUAGUUGUCAAAUAAAUUAAAUUUAUUAAAC